AAAUCUAAAUCUAAGCUAAAUUCACUCUCCAAAAAUGGCUGAUAGAGUUCACCCUUCAGCCAAGCCCAACAAUGGCAUUACCACCACUGCUCCUACCACCAAUCCCACAACUACCACCACAAAACCACUACAAUUUCCACCAGCAAAAAGCCAAACAUACAAUCCAAACCGCAUUCCUUACAGACCAACACCAACCGCAUACCACCGACACAACCGCAAACAUUGCAGUUGCCGUCGAUGUUUUUGCUACUGUUGUUUUUGGUCUCUUCUCAUCAUUUCCACUAUCCUUCUCCUAGCCGCAAUUUCCGGCGCGUGUUUCUACUUGCUCUUCCGUCCUAAACCACCCUCAUUCUCCGUUUCCUCCGUUAAAAUCACACAAUUCAAACUCGGUACUAGCUCUGAUGAUACCACGCGCCUCACCGCGAAGGUCAACAUCACGCUCUCGACGAAAAAUCCGAAUAAAAAGCUGAUUUACAACUACGACGCCGUUUCCUUGACAGUGGUGUCAAAUUCAGUCGUACUAGCCAAUGGAUCGUUCACAGGAUUCAACAAUGGUCCAAAUAAUAUUACAAUUAUUCAUUCAACUUUAUCAAUGGCGUCUCAAGUGCUUGAUGCGGAUUCAGUUUCAUCUUUGAAAUCAGAUAUGAAGAGAAAAAAUGGAUUACCAUUGAAGAUCUUGUUGGAUACAAUGGUGGUAGCAAAAAUGAAUAAAUUGAAGAGUAAAAAAGUGGGAAUCAGAGUUACUUGUGAAGGAAUACAUGGAAAAAUACCCACUGGAAAAACUCCUGUGGUGGCUUCAAUCAAGAAUGCUAAAUGUAAGGCUGAUUUAAGAAUGAAGAUCUUAAAAUGGACCUUUUAAUUUAUUUAUUUUUAACCAAAUAUCUAUGGCGUUUCCACACUUCCUCUUCAAGUCAUAGUGUGACUUGAACCUGAACCUGAACCUGGACGUACCGACCCUGGGUAGAGUUGAUUUACCAACUGAGCAACCCUCACUUGUGGAAUCGACCUUUUGAUUCAUUUUAUACUUUUAUAUUUUUGGUUGUUUUUAUUUUUAUUGUUUGCUUGAAUUUUGCAAUUUAUUCAGUGUUGUAUUAUAUUAGUAGAGACAAGGCAAAUGGAAGGAGAAUAUUUAUUGUAUCUAGAAUGUUUAUGAAUAUAGAGUUUGAUAUAUUUAUUCCAAA